AUGGCAAAGAUCCUGGGAGCUGUGGCUCUUGGGCUUGGCUUCAUAUUACUGAACUUAACAGGUUUUUCUUAUGGUGCUCUGCAAGUAGGAUUUUAUAGAAGGAAAUGUGGACGUUCAGAUGUGGAGGCCAUCGUUCGACGGGUGGUUGCCGCGCAUUUUGUCAAGGACCGAACCAUUACCCCCGCUCUCCUCCGUAUGCAGUUCCAUGAUUGCUUUGUAAGGGGAUGUGAUGCAUCGAUACUCCUAGAUGGCUCCAAUUCUGAGAAGACCUCAGGGACGAACAGUAACGUCCGAGGUUUCCAACUCAUCGAUAUAAUAAAAGCUGCCCUAGAGAAAGCUUGCCCUGGGGUUGUCUCCUGUGCAGAUAUCAUAGUCCUUGCAACCAGAGAUGCUGUUAACAUGGCUGGAGGAGAGAGGUACAUAGUACCAACAGGGAGAAGGGAUGGCUUCAUCUCUCUAUCAGACAAUGUUGAUAUCCCACCCCCUGAAAUAUCAGUAACUGAUGCCAUAGCAUUUUUUGCCCAAAAAGGACUCAACACUCUUGACAUGGUUCAUCUCUUUGGUGCUCACACUGUGGGUGUCACACACUGCUCAUUCAUUCUAGAUCGUCUCUUCGAUUUGCAAGGUCAAAGAGGUGGCAAACCUGAUCCAACCAUGGAUCCCCGCCUAUCCGCCGUAUUGAAGAGGCGGUGCCCCUUGAAGGCGUCCGUCGACAGCCCAGUUAACCUGGAUCAGAACCUCCGGAGUGCAAACAUUGUUGACAACUCUUUCUACAAGGAGAUUUUAAUCAAAAGAGGAAUUCUCCAAAUUGAUCAAGAACUAGCUCUUGAUCGUAGAACUAGGCCAAUUGUCGUGGGACUAGCCAAUGGAACUACCUUCCCUGCACAAUUUGGUUCAGCUAUGAUCAAGAUGGGAUCCAUAGGAGUCCUUACAGGAAGGCAAGGAGAGAUUAGGAAAUCAUGUCGGGCUGUUAAUCCUCAUUCCCAUAGGGUUAAAAGUACACACAGAACCACUACUAUUAAUUAA